AUGUUGAUCGAAGACUCAUUUACCGACGUCAAAACCAGUGAUGGGACUACAAUGAGAAUCUUUUUGUUUCAUCCAAAGAUUCCCAACUAUCCAAAAGUGAAAUUUCCUGGGGUAGUUGUAUACAGUGAGAUUUAUCAAGUGACACCGCCAGUUGCCAGAUUCGCUAGAGACAUUGCCGGUCAAGGAUUUAUUGUUGCUUGUCCUUCAGUCUACCACAACUUUGAAGGUCCAGAAGCUUUGGCUUAUGAUGAUGAAGGUACUGACAAGGGUAAUAGGUACAAGAUUGAAAAAGAAUUGAGCUCGUACGAUGAAGAUGCCAAGUUGACCAUUGAUUAUUUGUUGAGUUUACCUACAUGUAAUGGUAGCAUUGGAGCAACCGGUAUGUGUUUGGGAGGUCACUUGGCAUUUAGAACUGCAUUGGACCCACGUGUGAAGGCAGCAGUGUGCUUCUUUGCCACAGAUAUCCAUAUCCAUGCACUUGGCAAGGGCAAGAAUGAUGAUUCUUUGAAAAGGUGUGGUGAAAUUAAAGGAGAGUUGGUGAUGAUUUUUGGCGACAAGGAUAAUCACGUUCCUUUGGAGGGAAGAGAUUUGAUAAGAAGUGAAUUGAGACGCAAUAAUGUCCAAUUGACCUUUAUUGAAAUCAAUGAUGCUCAACAUGCUUUUGUUAGAGAUGAAAAUAGUAAAGGAAGAUAUGAUCCUGCUGUAACAAAGUUGUGCUUUGACUGGUUGUUGGAAUUAUUCAACAGGAAAUUGAAAUUGGAUUAUGGCGACCAUGACGGGAAGGAAAGAGUCAUUGAAGACGUUUGUUGA